UCACACAUUCUCUCUCUCUCUCUCUCUCUCUCUAGCUGCUCGAUCUCGCAGAGCAAAAACCUCGCGCCAAGGUUAGACAGGUCUUCGUACAUCGAAUCCAUGGCUCCGGUUGCGUCCGCGGCUUCUUCAGAUUGUGUCAAGCCGAGAGAUGUCUGCAUCGUCGGUGUUGCUCGAACACCGAUGGGUGGGUUUCUCGGUACUCUUUCAUCUGUGCCAGCCACCAAGCUUGGUUCCAUAGCUAUUGAAGCUGCUCUGAAAAGGGCGAAUGUCGACCCAUCAUCAGUACAAGAGGUUUUCUUUGGCAAUGUCCUCAGUGCAAACUUGGGGCAAGCUCCUGCUAGACAAGCUGCAUUAGGAGCUGGAAUACCGAAUUCAGUGGUCUGUACUACUGUCAACAAAGUUUGUGCAUCGGGAAUGAAAGCAACUAUGCUUGCCGCACAAAGCAUCCAGCUGGGCAUCAAUGAUGUUGUUGUGGCAGGUGGCAUGGAAAGCAUGUCUAAUGUGCCUAAAUAUCUUGCUGAGGCAAGGAAGGGGUCUAGACUCGGGCAUGAUUCACUUGUAGACGGAAUGUUAAAGGAUGGUCUUUGGGAUGUCUACAAUGAUUAUGGAAUGGGAGUGUGUGCUGAAAUAUGUGCAGAACAGCACUCCAUAACAAGGGAAGAGCAGGAUAACUAUGCUGUUCAGAGCUUUGAGCGGGGAAUUGCUGCCCAAGACAGUGGUGCUUUUGCAUGGGAAAUUGUGCCGGUUGAAGUUUCUGGAGGAAGGGGGAAACCACCAACAGUUGUUGACAAGGAUGAAGGUCUUGGAAAGUUUGACCCUGCAAAGCUGAGAAAGCUCCGUCCAAGUUUCAAGGAGAGUGGAGGCAGUGUUACUGCAGGGAAUGCCUCUAGCAUAAGUGAUGGUGCUGCAGCCCUUGUGUUAGUAAGUGGUGAAAAAGCACUCAAGCUUGGGCUUCAGGUGAUUGCGAAGAUCACAGGAUAUGCUGAUGCUGCUAAGGCACCAGAGUUGUUUACUACAGCUCCAGCCCUUGCAAUUCCGAAAGCUAUCGCAAACGCUGGCUUGGAGGCCUCGCAAGUUGACUACUAUGAAAUAAAUGAAGCCUUUGCUGUUGUGGCUCUGGCAAAUCAAAAACUUCUGGGAAUCAACUCGGAGAAAAUUAACGUCCACGGAGGUGCUGUCUCGUUGGGUCAUCCUCUAGGAUGCAGUGGAGCUCGUAUCAUAGCCACUCUUUUGGGGGUGCUAAAGCAGAAAAACGGGAAGCACGGUGUCAGUGGCGUGUGCAAUGGUGGAGGAGGUGCAUCUGCACUAGUAGUAGAGCUUCUGUAAACAAUAAUCCGUGCGGUUGGAGUAUUUGCUUCCCGACGAUGAGCCUCGGUAGCCUUCCGUUUACUUGUGCGUUUUCACCUCAUCGCCUCUUCUUUGUUUAUGCUGCAAUAAGCAAGAAAUGUAUGUAGUUUUUCACAUGAACAAUAAAUUCCUCGAGUAAUUCAUCUCUC